AUGCCUCUCGAUGGAAGUAGUACUGAAUUACUUAAUACACAAAAUUCAACUAAAAAAAAACGUUCACAGAAAAAACGACGACAAAAUCGAAAAUUAAAAACAAGAAUUUUAGUUGAAAAUGAACCUAAUAGUCAAUCAUCUAAUGUAAAUCGAUAUGAGUUAAAUAAAUUAACACCAGCUAAUCUUGCUUCACUUCGAUGGGAUAAUGUAUUAAAUGAUCCAAUACUUGAAAAUGAACGUGUUGAACGUUAUAAAGAACUUCGACGACAACGUUAUAUAGAUGCUCGACAACAUGCUAUUCAAGCACUCGUAGAACAAAUGCAAGUAACUACUACCAAUGAUACAACAAAUAGUGUUGGAAAUGAAUAA